GUCGUUAAAAUAUCGAUUUUCAUCAGACUGCACAGAAAAAAACGAACAAGUUUUGAGUCUCGCAUAUUUUUGCCGAAAAACUUGCGGAUUGUUGCAUAACUUUGCAAUAAAAUCAUUCGAAAAAUCGCGUCAGUGUCUUGUGAAUUGUUUUUCUCUUAAAGUAAGGUGAAAAUAUUAUUAAACAGUAUUAAAAAGGAAAAUCAAGUUCUUCGCGAUGGCAUUCAUUCGAUUUUUUGGAAAAUUUGGAUCAAGUCCUUUAAGGAUAGGAUCAUCGAAGAAAAACUUGUAUCAAAUUACUGUUUCGCGAUUUAUUUCUUCAUCGUCACAGUUGUCAGCUGUUCAAAAGUCGUCAAUUUUAUUAGAAAAAGCGAAGGCAUCACCGCCUUCAGGAAAAAAAGAUCCUUUGGACACAACUUUCAAUGAUCCCAUUGCAGCUUUUAAAUCUAAAACAACAUUUGAGUUGAUUCGAGGAUAUUUUGUUUAUCUUAUUUGCUCAUCUGAAACUCUUGUAGAGAACAAUAUGAAGAUAAUGAAACUUAUGAACAGUAUUCUCGGAGAAAAAUUAUUCAAUUCACUUAUGAAAGCGACAUUUUAUGGACAUUUUGUUGCUGGUGAAGAUCAAGUUAAAAUUGUUCCAACAUUAGAAAGACUUCGCUCAUUUGGUGUUAAACCCAUCUUAGAUUAUUCUGUAGAAGAAGAUUUGUCUCAAGAAGAAGCUGAAGAACGUGAAGUUUCGGCAUCUGUUUCAACUGCUUCUACAGCAAAUAGCGAUGCAACUUUGCCACAAUAUUCGGUUGAUAAAAGUUUUGCUGAUCGACGUUACAAAGUUCAAAGUGCUCGAACGUAUUUCUAUCUCAACGAAGCAACAUGUGAAAAAAAUAUGGAAAUAUUUAUUCAAUGUUUGGAAGCUGUGGCAAACUCUACCUUUGGGACUGGAAUAACAGCCAUCAAGCUGACAGCUCUUGGACGACCACAACUUCUCUUGCAAAUCUCUGAAGUCAUCCAAAAAACACGCCAAUACAUGAUGGAUAUUGCUGGUGGAACUGGAAAUGUGUUAACUCAUCACAAGACGAUAAAAGAUUUGGAAAAAUAUUUUGGAACUAUGGGUGAUAAUAAGGAUGUCAAAGAGUUCUUAAAGAAAGUCACAACUGACAAAGAAGGAAUUCUUCAUCUUUUCCCUUGGUCGGGUAUUGUUGAUGAGAGAAGUGAAUUAUCUGAAACUUUUCGUGUUCCUGAUCCAAAAACUGGUCAAAUGCGUCGUUUAACAUCUCAAAUUCCACCAAAAGAAGAAGAAAUGUUUAGAAAUAUGAUUCGUCGUCUGAAUUACAUUGUUAAAACAGCUGAAGAACUUGAUGUCAGAAUCAUGAUUGACGCUGAACAAACAUACUUCCAACCAGCAAUAUCACGAAUAACAUUAGAAAUGAUGCGGAAGUAUAACACAAAGAAAGCAAUUGUUUUCAAUACUUAUCAGUGCUAUUUAAAGGACACUUAUCGUGAAGUUUGCACAGACUUAGAACAAGCAGCCCGCCAAAACUUCUAUUUUGGAGCUAAAUUAGUGCGUGGUGCUUAUAUCGAGCAAGAGAGAGCGCGUGCUGCUGCUUUAGGCUACGAAGAUCCAACAAAUCCCAGUUAUGAAGCAACGACUGAAAUGUAUCACAAGACAUUGACUGAAUGUUUAAGACGAAUUAAGAAGCUCAAAGAUUCUGGUAUUGAUCCAAAAAAAAUUGCUAUUAUGGUUGCAUCGCACAAUGAAGAUACAGUUCGUUUUGCUAUCGAAAAGAUGAAAGAAAUUGGAAUUUCACCAGAAGAUAAAGUUAUUUGCUUUGGUCAACUACUUGGCAUGUGUGAUUAUAUUACGAUGCCCUUAGGACAAGCCGGUUAUUCUGCGUACAAAUAUAUUCCAUAUGGUCCCGUCAACGAAGUUCUGCCAUAUCUUUCAAGACGAGCUCAAGAAAACAAAGGUGUUUUAAAGAAGAUUCAAAAAGAAAAGAAACUUCUGUUAAGUGAAAUUACACGUCGUCUUUUGCGUGGUCAACUUUUCUAAAAGCCAAAAGGCGACUAUACGCCAAUAUAAAAAGGUGACAAUGAAGUUAUAUUGUCAUUUAACAAAGCCUCGUUCAUUAGACCAUUCAAUGGAUUUUGUGAAGUAAUUUCACAAUGUUUUUCUAGUUCGUAAGAUCUCUUUCUUUUCUUUUCCUUUUUUUUAUUUAAUCAGACAAAAGCUUUCUGUCUGGUAUAAGAAUUGACAGUAAAAACCGCGGUUCUUUCCUAACUCUAAUAACUAAUUAACACUCGACUGUGAAAGGUAAAUCGAAAAUCUCAAAACGACUCAAAGUCGUGAUCAGUUGUACUUAAAUAAAUGUGAAUGAAAUCGAAUUAAGGAAACUCAUGAAUGAACCAAAGCAGAGACAUUGACAUCAUUAAUGGUGAUUAAGAAUUUGCUAAAUUUAUAAUUUUACAAUAUAAUUAAAUAAGUCCCUCGAUUCCUUUUCCUCCUAAAUAGAUACUUAAUUGUGUUUAUUUGAUGUAUCUUGAAUAAGAUAUUUAUUCAAAUUCCAAUAUUGACGUUCUAACCGGCAUGUAGUGUUUCUCAAAAUCCCUAUUU